AUGUCGUCGAAUCGGGAUCUCAGUCUGGCUGUAAUCGUUCUUUUAGCCACAUCUACAGUUGGUUGGGCCGCGCCCCCAACUUCGAGAGUUGUGAAUGGAACGGAUUCUAAUGUUCAGAAAUUUCCAUUUAUGGUAUCUCUUCGUAGUUACGAUGGUUCCCACUCCUGUGGCGGCACCAUAAUUUCCAAGCAGUUCGUAAUGACAGCUGCCCAUUGCACCAAUGGACGUCCUGCCGAGACGCUAUCGAUUCAGUAUGGAGUGACCGAUAUUAAUGUCCACGGUCCGAAUGUGGUUGGCAUAAAGAAAAUCAUCCAGCACGAGGAUUUCGAUCCCUCACGUCAAAAUGCCAAUGACAUUUCGCUGCUGAUGGUGGAGGAAACUUUCCAGUUUGAUGGGGUCACGGUGGCUCCCGUGGAAUUGCCAGCUUUGGCAUUUGCUGUUCCUCAAUCUGAUGUGGGAGUUGAAGGUGUGCUCAUUGGUUGGGGACUGAAUGCGACCAAUGGAAAUGUCCAGAACACCUUGCAGGAGGUGUCCCUGAAGAUUUACUCCGAUGACGAGUGCACAGAACGGCAUAAUGGUAAAACGGAUCCAAAGUACCACAUCUGUGGUGGAGUUGAUGAGGGUGGCAAAGGUCAGUGCAGCGGAGAUUCUGGUGGUCCACUCAUCUACAAUGGUCAGCAGGUUGGCAUCGUGUCCUGGAGCACGAAACCCUGCACUGUGGCUCCCUAUCCGGGUGUCUACUGUAAGGUCAGCCAGUACAUUGACUGGAUCAAACACAACCAAAUCAUAUUGGCUUAGUCACAAAGUACAUUGCUCAAUAAAUUGAAAAUUAAACCACUUAAUAAAUAAUCAGAUUGCUAGCUAGCC